CUCUCCGCCACCGAGCCCGCAGCGGCGGCGGCUCCGGGGCGCCCGGGGCGCUGCCCUGAGGCGGCGGCGGGGGAUGGCGGAGGGGCCCCGGGCCGCCCCGCCGCCGGGCUCGCCCUGCCCGGCCGUCCCGGUGCCCCCCGGGCCCCGCGGGGAGAGCGGCAGCCCCGGCUCGGGCUCGGGCAGCAGCAGCCGCGAGGAUUCGGGCGAGCGCAGCCCCGCGCCCGCCGCGCCCCGCGCGAGCAUCAUGAAGGAUGGGUCCCGGCAGCGGCCGCCGCACAAGAAGAAGACGGUGUCCUUCAGCACUAUGCCCAAUGACCGCAAGAUCAACAGCACGGCCGCCUGCAUCUCCUUCAUGCUGGAGGGCUGCGAGCUGAAGAAGGUGCGCUCCAACUCCCGCAUGUACAGCCGCUUCUUCGUACUGGAUGCCGACAUGCGCUCUGUGCGCUGGGAGCCCUCCAAGAAGGACUCGGAGAAGGCCAAGAUUGAGAUCAAGUCGGUCAAAGAGGUGCGUGUAGGCAAGAAAACCCCCAUCCUGCGCAGCAAUGGCCUCUCCGACCAGUUUCCAGAUGAAUGCGCCUUCUCCAUCAUCUAUGGAGACAACUACGAGUCCCUGGACCUGGUGGCCAGCUCAGCUGACGUGGUGAGUGCCUGGGUGAUGGGGCUUCGGUACUUGGUGUCCUAUGGAAAGCACACACCCGAGGCACCUGGAACCGGCCACCCCAGCCUCCGGACCUCCUGGAUCUCCUCUGUCUUUGACCUUGCCGACCUGGAGAAGUCUGGCCACAUCCCUGUGUCCCGUGCUGUACAACUGAUCAAAGCGCUCAACCCAGGCAUGAAGACCUCCACCAUUGAGCUGAAGUUUAAGGAGCUGCAGAAAGCCAGUGAGCGUCCCGGCGCAGAGGUGGCCUGCGACCUCUUUGUGGAGGCGUACUGCGAGCUCUGCACCCGCCCCGAGAUCUUCUUCCUGCUGGUGCAGUUCUCCAGCAACAAGGAGUACCUGGGCCUGAAGGACCUGCUGAUGUUCCUGGAGGUGGAACAGGGCAUGGAGGGUGUGACCGAGGAGAAGUGCUUGGAGAUCGUCGGCAAGUAUGAGCCCUCCAAGGAGGGCCGGGAGAAGGGCUACUUGGCCAUCGAUGGCUUCACGCGCUACCUGCUCUCUGCCGACUGCUCCAUCUUUGACCCGCAGCACCGCAAGGUGUGUCAGGACAUGGCGCAACCCCUCUCCCACUACUACAUCAGCUCUGCCCACAGCGCCUGCCUGCUGGAGGACAACUUCUGGGGCCGCUCGGACAUCAGCGGCUACAUCAGCACCUUGGGUCUGGGCUGCCGCAGCCUCGAGCUGGUGCUGUGGGAUGGUCCUGAGGGUGAACCCGUGGUCUACACCAGCCCCUCGGCUGCCUCCUGGGUGCCCUUCCGUGCCGUGGUGGGGCUGAUUGACCAGCACGCCUUCACCGCCUCUGCCUACCCCCUCAUCCUCUGCCUGGUGGUGCGAUGCUCGGCCGCCCAGCAGCGCCUCGCUGCCCAGUGCCUGCGCAAGACGCUGGGGGAGAAGCUGUACCUGGAGCCCCCCAACCCCGCCGCGUCCUACCUUCCUUCUCCAGAGCAGCUCAAGGGCCGCAUCCUCAUCAAGGGCAAGAAGCUCCCACCUGGCUGUGAAGACAGUGAGGGGGAGGUGUCGGAUGAGGAGGAAGGUUGGGAGUUGGCGCGGCGGUUGGGCCAGGAGGACCGGGAGGUGCCGGAGGGAGGUGGCCCGCGGCGAGUGCGUCUCAGCCGGGAGCUCUCGGAGCUGGUGAGCCUCUGCCAGGCUGUCCCCUUUCAGGACUUUGAGAGCUCGCGGCGCGGGCAACGCUACUGGGAGAUGUGCUCCUUCAGCGAGGUGGAGGCAGGGCGCUUCGCCAAUGAGUGCCCAGCCGAGCUGGUGAGCUACAACAAGCGGUUCCUCUCCCGCGUCUACCCCAGCCCCAUGCGCAUCGACGCCAGCAACAUGAACCCUCAGGACUUCUGGAAGUGCGGCUGCCAGAUGGUGGCCAUGAACUACCAAACGCCGGGGCUCAUGAUGGACCUCAACGCGGGCUGGUUCCGGCAGAACGGAGCCUGUGGCUACGUCCUCCGCCCCGCUAUCAUGCGGGAGGAGGUCUCCUACUUCAGUGCCAACGCCAAGGACUCCUUGCCUGGGGUGCCUGCCCAGCUCUUGCACCUCAAGGUCAUCAGUGGGCAGAACCUGCCCAAGCCCAAGGGCUCGGGGGCCAAAGGGGAGGUGGUGGAGCCGUAUGUCUGCGCUGAGAUCCACGGCAUCCCAGCUGACUGUGCCGAGCACCGCACCAAGACAGUCCUGCAGAGCGGGAACAACCCCAUCUUUGAUGAGAGCCUGGAGUUCCAGAUCAACCUGCCGGAGCUGGCUGUCCUGCGCUUUGUUGUGCUGGAUGACGACUACAUCGGGGAUGAGUUCAUCGCCCAGUACACCAUCCCUUUCGAGUGCCUGCAGCCCGGCUACCGCCACGUCCCCCUCCAGUCCCUGGCUGGGGAGCCCCUGCCCCACGCCACCCUCUUUGUGCACGUGGCCAUCACCGACCGUCGUGGCGGGGGCAAGGGGCACCGGCGGGGGCUGGCGGGGCGCCGGGGACGCCGCGUGCGGGAGUACACCUCCACCAAGGCCACCGGCAUCAAGGCCAUCGAUGAGGUCUUCCGGGCAGCCACCCAGCCACUGCGGGAGGCCACUGACCUGCGGGAGAACGUGCAGAAUGCACUGGUGUCCUUCAAGGAGCUGUGCGGGCUGACACCCGCCGCCAACAUGAAGCAGUGCAUCCUGACGGUGGCCACGUGGCUACUGCACAGUGACAGCACGCCCAGCGUCACCCUCAACCUGGCAGAAAAGUAUCCCCCCAUGGAAGCCCAGGGUCCCAUCCCGGACCUGCUGCGCAAGGUCCUCACCGCCUACGAGACGAUGAUCCAGACCAGCCGGACGCUGAUCGAGUCCGCCGACGCGGUGUAUGGCAAGCUCAUCCAGGCACAGCAGGCAGGCAUGGAUUUCCACAAGGAGCUGCACCGCAUCGAGGCCAAGGAGGGGCUGCGGGGCCGCAAGCUGCAGAAAGCGCUGGAGAGCUUCGCCUGGAACAUCACCGUCCUCAAGGGCCAGGCUGACCUCCUCAAACACGCCAAGGCGGAGGCGUUGGACAAUCUGUGGCAGAUCCACAAUGCCGGACAGUCCUGCGGCAUCGGCAGGAACGGCUCAGCUUCACCUGAGCCCUCCCGCCUGCGUGCCCCUCUGGAACCCAUCCCUGAGACAGAAGGAGGUGGCGACACGGCAUCCUGCUGACCCCGGCCUGGGGCUCGGGGGUCCGGACUGAGCCCUCGGGCUGGGCUGAGGGAGCCCCAACCUGCCCGUGGAUGCAGCAUGCACGGAGGGAUGCGUGAGGAGCUGGGUGCCUGCGCUCUGCCGUGCCCGGGGGCUGCCGGAAGGUCGGGGAGGGGUAUCCCCACUCCUGCUUUCCCCCCUGAGUUUUCAGGGCUUCAUCCAUUCCUACUGUCUUCUUCCAAAGCCAGCACCCUGCCGCGGGGCUGGCAGGGAUGCUGGCAGCCCAGUGCCCGUGUGCAUGAAUUCAUGCACCACUGAGCCAAGACUCCUCUUGGAAAAGCAGUCCCAGUUUUGGGCUCCUGCCCCUUUCCAGGGCUGCAGGUUUUGCCUUCACCAGCCCUGGGGAAAACCUGCCUGGUGGGAGCGUCCUGGCCAGUUCUUGUCCCCUCUCCAUGGGGCACUGGGUCGUUACUCCUCUCUGGCAUUCCUGGGCUUCCUGAUGUGCAGAAGAGCCGGGAGGCUUUGGGGUGCAGCUGGCAGGGGGUGGGAGGCUGGGAGGUCACUGCAGACCACCCCAAGCAGUGGAUGUGGCUUCUGGCACCAGGGGAACAUUUGGGCUUGUCCUGCAGGCUGAAGGGCUCUCAGGGCAAGGGGCAAUCUAGGAUUGGACUGGGGCUGUGGGGCGUUACAAAGAGCGUUGAGACCCAUCCUGGUGCCCUGCAGCUCCCUCUGUAUGCCCAGAUGGGGCCAAAGCGGGACGGUGGCACUGCGGAUGAGGACCCUGAUGGCCCCAUCCCUCCUCCGGCACCGGCAGAGCGCAGGGUGAUGACUCCCCAAUGUCACAGAACCGUGCGGCUGCCCAGCACGCCUUUGUUCAGGGAGUUAAUUAGCCUAAUGGGGCCACCAGGAGAGGACUGGCGAGCUGCUGCUCUCGGGAGCGGGUUGGUACCUCUACAGCAUUGACCUUCAGCCCCUUUGUGCCAGACCGGCCGUGGGACCCAUUGGGCAAUUACGGUCUCAUUAGCCUCCCGCACCCUGACCGCUGCGCCCAGCACCCACACAAUGAGGAACCGCAAAUGAGGGGAAAGGCCUGGCUGGUCUCCGAGCUACCGGCCACCGCGCACCCGUGUCUCCCAGAGACCGGCUGCUCCCGCCUGGCCCUGGUGGUAUUUUUGGCAGCACUAUUGUACCCGGCCCUAUAAAGCAGCAGCACAGGAUGCUGUGCUCUCGAUUGCCUGGUGGGACAUUCCCCAGUGCUUCACCACCACCUGAAGACCUCAAGAAGGAUGGAGGUGCCCAAUACCAAGGUGGGACAGAGGCACAGCAGCUCAUGGAGCUGGAAGGGAGGCCAGGAUGGGUGGGUGAGGGUGCAGAAGGGUCUGGCUGGUUCCUCCGCAGGGCUCCCUGACCACAGCCAGGAGCUGCUCAGGGGGCUCAGCCCCGCGUGGGCUCCUCAGGAGCGAGUUGGGCAUGUGGUGCCUGCGGCAUUGAGCGUGGGUGCUCAUCCUGUGCCGGGGAGGGUGUUUACCGCAGCUGCCUGCUGCUGGAGCGUGGCAGGAAUGCUGGUGAGGGCAUCCGCGUCUGGCUGCUCGUCAGAGGGUGGUGGGAGCUGUGGUUGUUGGGGAGAAGCAAUCCCGGCAACUCCAAGCGUGCAGUGCUGGUCGUGCCCUCGGGUGCCAAAGGGUGAUGUUCCGGGUGCAGGGGACAAGCAGGCAGAGCUGCAGUGACCAGGGUGGACAGGAGCUGAGAUGCUGGUGGGGCACAGUGGCCGGACCAGGGGGCAACCCUGAGGCUGUGCUGCCGCAGCGCUGCUGGCUGCCCCACACUAAUGCUGCCUGUUGCUCCAGCAGCUCCAGCGAGCUGCUUGCCUCUUGCUCCUGCUCCUGCUCUGCUCCCUGGCUGCUGCCCGGCAGAGUCUGCCCGAGUGCUGCCGGCAGAAGACCUGUUCCUGUCACAUCUAUGACCUCCU